UUAAAUCCAUCAGAGCAAGAGGAAAUCGUUACGAAAAGUUGGUUAGUGGUAAAAAUUCUACAAAUUAUUCACGAAUUCAAUCCUACAGAACGCUGUCUCAUGUUAGCCAAUGAUACAACUUAUAUUGCCGCUAAUGGUGAUUAUUCGGCAUUGGAUUAUACGACAAAAAUUUUUGAAAAUUUAAUAAAUUUGGCUGCAAGUUUUAAUCAUAUGCAACUCGAUAAUCGACAAUUGGCUUUGUUAUCAGCUUUACUGAUUUACAAUCCCGAAAAUGUAAAAGAGUGUAAAGAAAAAAUUAACAAAGUACACAUGGAAUUAUGGAAAUGUUUACAAAGCAUUAGUGAAAUGCAUGAUGAUGAUUCGAUCGAUCUAUUACAUUGGCCAAAUCUUCUUGUUCGAAUACCAUCUCUGCUCCUAACUGUUUCCGACAUGCAAGGUAAGAAUUGA